AAUCGUCACAAUAUGUCAAUUGUCAAAUUGUCAGAUUUGAGAUAUUUUUAUUCAUUUUUAUAAUUUGUUUACAAAUUUUAAUUUUUCGUGUCUGCAAAUCAGAAAUUAAAUUAAAAAUUAAUUUUAAUUCUUGGAAUAUAGUAAAAUAUCUUUGCUAUUAAUUUAGGUUAAUAUAGGUUAAUCGAAUGUAUUUUUCACCAUUGUAUUAUUUAGUUGUUAUUUAUAGGAAAUAUUGCUAUUAAUUACUAUGGCCCUAUUCCCGGCGUAUUCCGAUAAUAAAGGGUUGAAAGACGGACAAAAUGCUUUAGCUGAAUUACCAGUUCCAGAGGCCAUGGAAGUACAGUUGCUGGCAAGUGAUUCAGAGGAGGAAAGAACAAUUUCUGUAAAAAGGAAGUCUGAAUCAACUUCUAGAGAUUUGUCUUCUAAUGACUUUUAUAUUGAUUGCAAGCUGGAUCGUGGCAACCUACGUGUCUCUACACUUUACUAUCCAGGCAGGCCACAAUAUAGUUAUAUAAAUGCACUAAGCGUUGGUGUAAAGAAGGCAUGCAAAGAUAAAGGAAACGGAUGGCGGCGUUAUUAUUCAAAGCAUUUACAAGAUGAGGAUGAUAGCAGUGAGGCUGUGGAGAGGCAGACUGCAUACCGCAAGCUGCUAGCAGAGACACCACAUGACCAGAUGUUGUGGGAAGCCUACAUCGAUUUCCAGGAAAUGUGUGUUAGUGUGGAGUCUGCUUUAGAAAUUGCUUGUGAAGCUGCAGCGCAACUGCCUAAUUCAACUCGAUUAAGAGACAGGCUGUUUGCUUUAAUGAAAGCUGCAUUGUCUCACAGACAGUACCUUGAAGGUCUUCGAGACAUGCUCGUCGAAGAGAAGCGCAUGAGCGUGCGCACGGCGGUGUGGGCGCGGCUGGUGGCGGCGGCGGGCGCGGAGGGCGCGGGCGAGGCGGGCGCGCUGGCCGCGCUGGCCGCCGCGCUCGCCGACACGCGCCCGCACGCGCCCGCCUACCCGCGCCUGCUGCACGCCUACGGUGCGCACCUGCGCGCGGCGGGGCUGUGGGAGCGGCUCGUGCUGGCGAUCGAGCUGCUGGUGGCGAUGAACUUCCCCUCCUCCCCCGUGACCUUCCCCCCCGCACCCCCCGCGCCGCCCGCCGCGCUCCGCAACGAACAGCGCCUGCAAGAGCUCGAGGAUAAGGCGAUAAGCAGCGGGCUGCCGAGCAGCGCGGUGUGGGUGCGCGUGGAGCGCGCGCGCGCGGCGGCGCACUGGCGGCCCGCCGCGCCCGGCCCGCCGCGCGGCCCGCCGCCCGCCGACCCGCAGCGCGCGCCGCUGCCGCACGACGUGGCCGACCUGCUGCAGCCGCACGCCGCGCCCGCGCUGGCGCUGCGCCUGCUGCUGCUGGCCAAGGUGCCGCUGCUGCCGGGCACGCAGUGGGGCGCGCGCCUGCUGGGCGAGGCGGACGCGGACUGCGGCGAGGCGCUGCUGCCGCUGCUGGCCGCCGCGCGCCGCCUGCCGCCCGCGCACCCCGCGCGCGCCCCGCCCGCCGCCGCCGCGCGCCUGCUGGCCCUGCUCACCGACCCGCCGCACUACUUCAGCGACGACACCGGCUACGAGAGCUGGGUGCGCGCGCUGUGGGACGCGGCGUGCGCGGCGGGCGGCGCGGCGCGCGAGCCGCUCGCGUGCUGGCGCCUGCGCUGGCUGCACGCGCGCGCGCUGCUCGCGGCGCCGCAGUCGGAGGAAGCGGGUCGACUGCGCAGCGAGGCCCGCUCCGUGCUGAAGCGGUUCGCGCCCGCGUCGCCGCUGGCGUUCGCCGAGUUCGCGCUGCUGGAGCAGCUGGCGGGCGGGGUGGGUGGGGCGGGCGGGGCGGGCGGGGGCGGGGCGGCGGCCGGCCACGCGCUGCGCGCCGCCAUCGCAGACCCCGACCGCCCCACCGAGCACGCCAUCUAUGUCGCCAGUGCGGUGCGGGCGGUGUGCGGCGCGCGCGCGGGCGACAGCGCGCUCGUGCACGCGGUGCUGCGCCGCGCGCCGCCCGCCGGCCCGCCCGCCGGCCCGCCCGCCGGCCUGGCCGCGCCCGAGCCGCGCCUGCGGGACGCCGCGCUGGCCUUGUGCGAGGAGCGCUGCGCCGCACUGGAGCGGUCGUUCGAGUCGUGCGGGGCGGAGGCGCCGGGGGGCGGGGCGGAGGCGCCGGGGGGCGGGGCGGAGGCGCCGGGGGAGGCGGGGGGCGGGGCGGGCGUGUGCGGUGCGCUGGCGCCGGGCGCCGAGCAGUGGGCGCGCGCCCGCGCCGUGCUGUGCGCGCCCGCCCGCGCGCUGCAGCUGCUGCAGGAGCUGCCCGCGCGGGCCGUGCACGUGCACAACUCGGAGGGCGCGGCGCUGCGCUACCACGAGGAGGCGGCCGCGGCGCUGUGCGAGCGCACUCUGCCCGCGCACGCGCGCCCCGCACGCACCGCACUCGCCGACCUGUUCCCCGACAACGCCUACCUCGCGCUCGCGUGCAGCGGCGCGGCGGUGUGGCGGCAGGGCGCGCCCCGCCCCGCCCGCUCCCCGCGCGCCGCCCUCGCGCGCCUGCUGCCCGCGCUGCUGCGCGCCGUAAGCUCGGACUUCGCCCCGCCCGGUGACGCUUCUAUAUUUACUUAUUCAUUUAUAUUUUAUUUGUGUAGGUACCGGCGGGUCAAUUGUCGCUACCUAUACGCGGAGCGGGCCGUGCGCGCGGCGCGGCGCGCGAGCGGGCCCGGCGCCGGCGCGCUGCUGUGGGCCGCGCGGCUGGAGGUUGAGGCGCGCGCCGCCGCGCCGCGCCUGCCGCACGCGCUGUACGCCGCGCUGCAGGCGGAGCCCCAGCACAAGACACCCCCACCGCACUCACCGCCGCCCGGGCCCCUGUUGCAGUGGCUGCACGUGCGUGGCGCGGCGUGGUGCGGCGGCGAGGCGGCGGCGCUGGCGGACGCGCUGCUGGAGCGCCAGCUGCGCCUGCACGCGCACCCGCUCGAGCUGCUGCCGCCGGCGCUCCCCUAGCGAAGCCCUCGACGCGUUUUAUGAAUAAUUUUUUUAUGAAUAAAUAUAUUACACCCUU